AUGGGCGAGACUACGCCUGAUGGUAAACGCUUUGACAAUGAAGGCAUUUACACCUUUGCCAACGGCGAUACUUACGUGGGUGCCUUUAAGGAUGGACGUAUGCAUGGACACGGCACCCUCUUCUUCACCGCAGCCCGCGGUGGAGGACAAUACAGAGGCAUCUGGGAGAAUGGACGAAAUGUCUCGGGAUCCUUUGUAUUUGCAGAUGGUCUUGUCUACAAUCGUAAUGAAAAUCCUCCUCCCACUACUACUACUACUACUGAUAAUACUACUACUGCAGAUACGCCUACGAAAGCGGCUACUUCUGCGGUGGUGUCUGUGUUGACGCCCACGCCCCCUCCGGCAAAGUCCACUCCUGCCCGCAGUGUCAGUAUCCACAGUCCUGUCCAGAAUAAAAAUAACAAUAGUAAUAUUAACGACAGUAGUAAGAAAAAGAAGGACUCCAUCGCCACUGGAGCCAAGAGUGUAGAUGCAGAGACUCCAUUUGUGGAUAACAACACAGCAUGGUUGUAUUGCCGCGGCGGAGACCGUCGGUUGUGGGCCGAACAUCUGCGGGAAGUGAUGCCGGUGUUGCCACUGCAGGCCCUUCUCGCCGGAGAGCGGGGUGUAUGGGGGAAAACAGAGAAGGAAAAGGAAGAAGAGGAAAAAGAAAAGAAUGAAAAGAGUGAAAAGGAAGAAAAGAAUGAAACUAUGAAGGGAGGACCGGCUCGCUGGGCGGCGCAGUUGGUCGUGGCCCCAUCGGUGGCCGCAGAGGCCCGCACACCCGCCACGUUUGCGGAAGGUCAACCACGCACACUCCGCGAUAUCCCGCAUGAAUACUGGCGAGAUCCAAAUACACGGGCCCGUGUAGUGGCCGCAGCGCAACUCCCAACACCGCCAUUCCGCGGAGAAGAAACCCCAACAACAACAACAAAUACAACAAAUACAGAUACAGCAGAGAGUACAGAGGGAACUGGAGUAGAAAGAACAGGUGCGGCGGUGGUGGGAUAUGGAGAGCGACCGGUGAUGAACUUAACGCUGCGCAUCAUCAAACCUCUCAAGGCAGAGGCGGUAGUGGCAGCCAUGGCAGCUAUGCACAUUGCAGAGAGUAAGAACACCCCCAACACAACCGAGCAGCAAGAGAGAAAGGAAGAGGCGAAGCCGAAGGAGGAAGUGGAAGUGGAAGAGGAGGAUAGACAACAAAUACCAUCGGUGAAAAAUGGUGAGGAAGUUGUGACUGAACGUGUUGGUUCUGAACAGGAGGCGGGAUUUUCAUCUUCUGCACUCAACAUGAUGUCCUUUGAAGUAGGCAGUUUUGAGGGUUCUACAAUUGUUGAACACUCUGUGUACACCAGGUCUGGUCCUGUGCAUGAACUCACACCUCCCCCAACACCCGCACCGCCUUCAGUACUUGAAAAUGUAAUGGAAAAGGCAUCAACGGUGGGAGGGGAUGACCCAAUAGAUUCACCGCUUGGGGAUGAGGCCCAGUCACCAAAGGGAGAGGAUAACGUUUAG